AUGUCCAUUGAACAGUACAAGGCAUUGGCUGUCCAGGAGGAAUCAUAUCCCGACUCCUUUGUAUCGUUGGUGCAGCACUAUUGGGCAGCACUGGUUUCAUCUACGAGAAGAACUCCAUUGGAGCAAUUACUCUUUGAUGACGAUGAAACGUUCAAGGCCCCCUUAACCACAAAGUACGGUCAAUAUAUCCAUUUGGAGGAUGUAGGGGAUGUGUUUACGCUGGAUAUUCCACACCCUACGAAGGACAAUGACGUCCCCAUAGUUGUAUUCAUCCAUGGGCUAGGUGGUAAUCUACAACAGUUUGACUACCAAAUUGAAGAGUUUUCACAGUUUGCCCAUAUCGUUGCAUUGGACCUACCAGGAAGCGGACACAGCGUGAAUUAUGAAAAGGAUAAGUUUAAACUGACACUGGAGAACUUUGCCAAUGUCGUUGAAUCCAUAUUGAAGAGAUUGAACUGUUACGAUAAGAAGAUCAUUCUUGUGGGCCAUUCUUACGGUACUCAAGUGUGUAUCAAGUUGUGCAAUUCUUUACCACAAGUAGUAACCACAGUUUUCUUAGCACCUCCAAAGAUUGGCUUCAAGAGAACCAGAUGGCAGACCUAUAUCCUACAAUUCUUCCUACAGUUCCCAUGGGCUUUUAACAUCUUUAGAAAAUUGGAUAGAGUCAACAACAUCGAGUCCCAUUCCUUAAAGAGACUGUUUGCAAAGGAUACAACAGCCUCAGAUUUCAUCAAGUUCAAACAGUUCAAGUUCAACAUCUCAACCAAUUCUGAGAAUGUGCUAACCCAUGCGCUGAGUUGGGUCCCCCUGACUGUUGAGGAAAUCUUGGAGAUGUACUCCCAAUUGACAAAGAACAAUGCACAGUUGGUGAGACUUGUUGGGCUCUAG